UCUAGUUUACCAAACGCCAUCUAGCCGAUGUUAAGAUGAGUGAAGGAGAACAGUAAGCUCUCGUUACGAAUGAAAUCAGUUGGAGGUUAUCUCGUGGUUGCUGGUAAGGGAAAAUCUUAUGAUGGCAAGCCAGGUUUGGAAGGUAGUUAAGCCGCAUAUACCGAUGAUUAAGUUUCGCAAGGGCAGCCGUGAUUUAGUUGCGGGUGCGACAUCCACUCCAUCUACGCUAUCAGGCUCGAGUCCAAUGCAGCGAGGUACAGGCGGUGCCGCAACGGGUCCCGGAGUAACCGUCCUGCCAACGAUAGAAGAUAUUUACCUGCCACCAAGAUAUCAGAGACGGCCGUUAGGCGACAAAGAAAUCGAAUAUAUUAAUCGUGGUGGACCAGAAUGAGUUUGUAGUACAUUAAAUAUAUUUAAAAUAUUCUAAAUCCUAAGUGCUUAACAUUGUUAUUUAUUUGAUGCAAUAUACUGUUUAAAUAAAUUAUUCUAACAGAGAGACUCUGUGCUGCAAA